UAGCUGAAAAAAAUGAAGUAACUAACAAGGCAGGCAGAAGGCAAUCUGAAAGGCAUGGUGUGCGUUGCGUCUUCGUAUUCUCUGCCCCUGCUGCGACCUCUGUCGAACAACACAGGCAUCGCCAUCUGUAGAAAAAGCUACGUGCAAUGUUGCAGAAACAAAGAACCAGAACCAGAACCAGAAUCAUGUUUUGGCAUUCAAUGUCAAGCCAAGAGAAGACAAGUUUUGCUUGGGACGACGUUUGCUGCAUUUUCGUUUCCGGAACUUAUUUCAAAGGCGUUGGCAGAGAAUGAUGUGGCUGAGGGUUUUCGCAUUUACACUGAUGAUGUGAACAAAUUCAAGAUAUUGAUUCCUCAAGACUGGCAAGUAGGUGCUGGAGAACCAACUGGGUUUAAAUCAGUAACCGCUUUCUAUCCGGAAGAGGGAUAUAGCUCAAUUAGCGUUGUGAUCACGGGACUUGGUCCUGAUUUUACAAAGAUGGAAUCCUUUGGCAAAGUUGAAGCCUUUGCUGAGACUCUGGUUAGCGGAUUAGACAGGAGCUGGCAAAGACCAGCAGGAGUGACAGCAAAACUUAUAGAUUGCAAAGCAUCAAAAGGGCUUUACUUCAUCGAGUAUUCGCUACAAAAACCUGGUGAAAGUGUGAAGCACCUGUUUUCAGCACUUGGGAUGGCAACAAACGGCUGGUACAACAGACUAUACACUGUGACCGGACAGUAUGUAGAGGAAGAAUCAGAUAAAUACAGUUCCAAUAUUGAGAAGGCUGUCAAAUCCUUCACGUUCAUUUGACAAAUAACCUCCAGGCUCCAGGCAGAGUUUGAAACUUUGGAUUACCAGUUUUGGUUGGGUUAAUUUUACACUCAAUAUUUUGUGGUAAUCUAAUGAAAUACAUUUCAAUCAAACAUCUAGCUGCCAAGAGAAGAUUGCUAAAUGUAUACAGAUUGCGUAUUUGACGACGGAUUUAGUUGGAUAUUAUUGUAGCAGCACCUUCAUUUGAUUGGAAAUUUAUAGUUUUUGCUAUGCA